AUGCCCAAACCCACCGCACGAAGCAGUCCUUUCGGGACCUUCCUCGUCGUCGGCCCAACCUGUUUCUUCCUCGGCAUCCUCUUCGCCUCCUUCCCCUACGACUACAAUGUGCUCUGGUCCACACCCCCGGACCGGGAACCCUACUUCCAGCUGCUCGAAAACCACCUCAAGUUCCUGCACGCCUCACCCCCGCUCAUCGCGCGCAUCCUGCACAUCGUCAUCGGCACCGGCUUGCUCGGCUUCGUCAUGAAGCUGUACAAGCCCUCCGAGGCGAACAUGCUGUUUGAUGGCGCCAGCUUGGUGCUGUACAUGUGCGGCAUCACGGUCUAUAUCGCGAACAUCGUCAAGGGGCUGAGGCUUGUUACUGCGGGGGCGUAUGGGCCGGAUCAGGGGCUGGUGGGUGAGGUUGGGCAGGGAGGGGCGGUGGAUGUGGAUAGUAUGGAUAUUGUGGGCAGGGAGGAUAGCUUGAGGGUCCUUGCGGCGAGUAAUACGAUUUUGGCGUUGGUGUUGGUGGGAGUUUUGGUGCUGCAGGCGGGCGAGUGGUAUGCGCAGAAGAAGGAGGAGGCGGAGAUUGCGGAGAUGGAUCGGAUUGCGGAGGAGAAGAGGAGAGGGGGAAAGAAGAAGCAGUAG